UCUCAGUUCCCCACCAAGUCAAAAGACACACAGCGCUAGGAAGAACCUUCGAGUGCUUUACGGGAGUGCCUGUGUCUUAAAUCAAGAACAAAAUGCCAGAUGUAUUCACUGUGCAAGGCAAUUUUUCUUAGAUCUACAAAGAAGUUGUGGCAGCACAUGCUGUGUAAUGGUCUGAUCACGGAGGUGCAGGAUUUGCUGACAAGGUUUGCUGGCUGUUUGAGCCAUUGCAGUGUCAGCAACAAUCAGAAGAAAAUGCAAAAAUUCAUCUCAAUAGCUCAGACUGCAUGGGAAAUGUUUAUAUCUGAAAGGAAGCCUGGCUGGAAGUAUCAGAUGCAGCUUUUCGCAGUUUGCUCUGCAGUUGGCUUCCUCUCCAGCUUUCUGUUUUUCCUUAGCAUGCACUUCUCCUUGGCACACCAUUCCUUGGGGCCCUUACUGAUUUCUGGAUUCAUCUGGAUUUUGCUUUCUAUCAUGCUCUUUUGUUUCAAGCGCCUGCGCUGUUUUAGUGUUCUGUUCCUCCUUUCUUGUGGAUUGAAAAAUGGCAGGGAUGCUCUUAUUACUGCUGGCACAGGUGUUGUGGUGGCCAGCAACAUUCAAAAUAUUUUUCACAAUUUAAAGGCUCUGGCUGACAGUAUAACCUGUCAUUUAAAGCAAGAGCAAUUUGCCUUGAUAAAAUAUUAUAUUGAGGCAAUAAAAUGGGUUUAUGAGGUAGCCAAGCCUCCUGCUGAGCUACCUAAAGAUAUAGUGGUCCUAAAGCACGAAUUCACACCAUCUUAUUCCAUUUUAGAUGACACAUUAAAACAACAGCUAAAUGACACAGAGCAAGAAAUCCAGAGAAUUGUUAACCAGAUAUCUUUUAUGUUGACUAUACUGCCCUAUAUAGGUCAGAAAGUAUUGCCUAUAUUUGGGGUUUUUCUAGUUUCUUUUGGAACUGGCCUCUUUAUCAAAAAAUUUGUGGGUUCUCAUACUACCAAAUUUAAGAAUACCUAUAUCACAAAACAGUUCAUUGCAUUUGAUGAGCACCAAAAACAACAGCAAAGACCCUCUCUUCUGCCACUUAACAAAAAAGAGAGAAAAGAUUAUGUGAUGAUCCCAUCCUUCUUCUUCACAAGAAAGGACAGGAAAAAAAUGCUGUGUUCUUUUUUCCCUAUAAUUAUUCAUCUUUGCAUCUGGCUUCUGUUUGCUGCAGUAGACUCUUUGUUUUAUUUGUUAAUUAUUUCUGUGAACAAAUAUCUCCAAGAAGUACCGGAUCUGGACAUUCAACUCAGUAUCUUUCAGAAUAAGAAUGAGAGAAGCUAUAUAAUUUCUAUGAAAGAGCAUAUUGCCAAGACUGAUUCUUUCAAGAUUUCUUUGGUUAAGCAAAACUGCAUCACUCAUCCUGAGCUCACUCUCUCCACAACAUGGAUUCAGCUUGGAGUCAUCAUCUUCUUCUUAAUAAUUUUUGGGUUAUUCUCUGGCCUCCUGACCCAGCUUAAAAUACUCGUGUCAACUUCCUUUUAUCCUGAUACCGAGAUGAAACGUAUACAUUAUUUACAUGCAAAAUUACUGAAAAAAAGAAAAAAGCUACAAGAGAAAACUGGGAAGAACACGUUUGCAAGAACGGUCAACUUUUUGUUUCCAAUACUCAAGGCAAGAGAGGCAGUGAGGAAGAAAGAAAGGAGUGUAGCAGCAUGACAGGAUGAUGUGAAAGAGACAAAGUAAAUCUUUGGAUAUGGCUGAGAUUCUUUAGUUCCACCUGUGCUUUGCACCAUUUGUCCUAUAGAAUGUCAAUUGUAAAAUGUAAAAAUUUCACACUCAA